CAUCUAAAAUCAAGCACAUAAAUCCUAACCACUCAUUAAUUUAACAUGAGCUACAAUGCACACAUUUUAACGUUCCAUUUUAAAAGCGCACGGGCAAUCCAAAUUCCACCGGAGAAGGUCCAACAAGUCCACACUCCCCCUUUAUAUCCUCCACCCCCCCUCUCUCCCUCCCUUUCUCUUCAUCCUCCCAACACCAAAAAAGGAAGGAAAAGAAGGAAAAAAAAAGAAAAGAAAAGAAAAGAAACUAAACCAAGCUAUGGUCCACCGCCACCCCCCUCUUCCCGAUCACACAAAAAAACCCGAUGCAGCACCGACGCUGGUCUUCGACGCGGGGCUCCUCAGCGAGCAGCCCGACAUACCAACCCAAUUCGUUUGGCCCGAAGAGGAUAAGCCCGCGGCCGACGACGCAGCCGACCUGCUCGUCGAGGCCCACGACUGCGUGCAGUCCUUCUUUUCGAUGCCGCUCUGCGAGAAGCAGAGGGCUCAGCGAAAGCCGGGGGAGAGCUGCGGGUACGCUAGCAGCUUCACGGGGAGGUUCUCUUCGAAGCUCCCGUGGAAGGAAACGCUCUCCUUCCGCUUCUCCUCCUCGACGUCGGACAUCGUGGUGUUGAACUACUUCAUCCGAACGCUGGGAGAAGAUUUCGGACGUUUCGGGAAGGUGUACCAGGAGUACUGCGAGGCGAUGAGCGGGCUGUCUCUGGUGAUAAUGGAGGUGCUAGGAUUGAGCUUGGGCGUGGACAGGAGGCACUUCAGGGAGUUCUUCGAGGGGAACGACUCGAUAAUGAGGCUGAACUAUUACCCGCCAUGCAAGAAGCCUGAGCUCACCCUCGGCACCGGGCCUCACUGCGACCCGACGUCGCUGACCAUCCUCCACCAGGACGACGUUGGUGGCCUUCAGGUGUUCACCGGAGGCAAAUGGCGCGGCAUUAGGCCCAGAAUGGACUCUUUUGUCGUCAACAUAGGGGACACUUUCAUGGCACUAUCAAAUGGGAGGUACAAGAGUUGCCUGCACAGAGCCGUGGUAAAUAGCCAGAAGGCGAGGAAAUCAUUGGCUUUCUUCCUCUGCCCGUUGAUGGACAAAGUUGUCCGGCCACCAAGAGAGCUCGUCGACAGGUCUCAUCCGAGAGCGUACCCUGAUUUCACUUGGUCGGCGUUGCUCGAGUUUACGCAGAAGCGUUACAGGGCGGACAUGAAGACCCUUGAUGCUUUCUCACAAUACAUCCUCCAAAGUGCUGAUCAGGGGACUCGAUGAACAGGCUCGAGCUGCUGUUGUUGAUUAAUCUUAGGUUUCUCUUUUUGUUUUUUGUUUUCUUCUUUCUCUAAUUCUAACCGGCUCUGUUGUGAGGAAAAUAACAGGCCAUAAUAAAUCAGACAAAGUUAAAAGCAAGCGAAAAGAAUUAGAAACUGAUCGAUCGUCGUAACAGUUCUCAGUAGCUGCUAUGUUAAUUCCGUUAUAAGU